ACAUGGUGCAUUAUGGCCACUCUAACCAGCUGCGCCAGGCACGGGCCAUGGGCGACUACCUCAUCGUGGGUGUGCACACCGAUGAGGAGAUCUCCAAGCACAAGGGGCCCCCGGUGUUCACUCAGGAGGAGAGGUACAAGAUGGUGCAGGCCAUCAAGUGGGUAGACGAGGUGGUGCCGGCGGCUCCCUAUGUUACCACGCUGGAGACACUGGACAAGUACAGCUGCGACUUCUGUGUCCAUGGCAAUGACAUCACACUGACCGUAGAUGGCCGUGACACCUACGAGGAAGUGAAGCAGGCUGGGAGGUACAGAGAGUGCCAGCGCACCCAGGGCGUGUCCACCACGGACCUCGUGGGCCGCAUGUUGCUGGUGACCAAGGCCCAUCACAGCGGUCACGAGAUAUCCUCUGAGUACCGGGAAUAUGCAGACAGCUUUGGUAAGCCCCCUCACCUGACACCCGCCAGGGAGACACUGUCCCAGAGCGCUCUCGGCUUCCAGUGCCCUGGGGGGCGGAACCCCUGGACAGGGGUAUCGCAGUUUCUGCAGACGUCUCAGAAGAUCAUCCAGUUUGCUUCUGGGAAGGAACCUCAGCCAGGGGAGACGGUCAUCUACGUGGCCGGCGCCUUCGACCUGUUCCACAUCGGCCACGUGGACUUCCUGGAGAAGGUGCACGGCCUGGCAGAGAGGCCAUACGUCAUCGCCGGCUUGCACUUUGACCAGGAGGUCAACCACUACAAGGGGAAGAACUACCCCAUCAUGAACCUGCACGAGCGGACCCUGAGCGUGCUGGCUUGCCGGUAUGUGUCAGAAGUGGUGAUCGGGGCCCCCUAUGCGGUCACAGCAGAGCUCCUGGACCACUUCAAGGUGGACCUGGUAUGUCACGGGAAGACGGAAAUCGUGCCUGACAAGGACGGCUCAGAUCCUUACCAGGAGCCUAAGAGAAGGGGCAUCUUCUGUCAGAUCGACAGCGGGAGUGACCUUACCACGGACCUCAUCGUCCAGCGCAUCAUCAAGAACAGGCUAGAGUACGAGGCCCGGAACCAGAAGAAAGAGGCCAAGGAGCUGGCUUUCCUGGAGGCCAGGAGGCGGCAGGAGGUACAGCGUGAGAGGGAGAGCGACUGUGACUUCUGAGCAGAGGGAGGUCACGAGCGUGCCCACGGGCCAGCCCCCUCCCUGCCCUGCUUCCCACACCUUGAGAGAUUGGUUCCCACGGUUUUUAACAAAGCUGCAGUGCUUCCUCUCUACCUGGCCUGCUCUCGGAGGAUGCUGCCCCCUCCGCACCAGCACGGGGGAGCAGCCCAGUGGGCGGGAUGAGCAGCGGGCACCUUCAGCCAGAGGGGCGCCACCCUGUGUGCUGGUGAAGGCCCAGCUUCUGCUCUCCCCCGCCCCCGCCAAGCCCCUGCAGACCCAGGACACCCCUACCGCCUGGCACUUUCUGCCUUCCCGGCCUUGUUGGAAGCCAGCUUCAGGGGAGCAGUGACCUGAAGGGGGCACCCCCUUUCCUCCUCAGGGCACAGACCAUGCCGCCUCCCGUGUGGGCUCCCUGGUGCCCUGGGCCUGGCUCUUGGGCACCGUGCCCCCCACUUCCCGGGCCAGCCUUGCUGCUCUCCCCACAGACUGUUCUCGAUUUUGUAUCUGACUGGCUGGUGUACAACCAAAUAAACCCGGU